CACACAGCUAGAACCUCCCCCUGGUCCAUACAGGCCAGUCUGUGACUGUUGCUCCUUCCCUGUCAAUGUUGAGCCGCAAGCAGCUGGUGCAGGCAGCACAGCUAGCAGAACAAUGUGGCAGAUACAAGGACAUGGCUGCUGCCAUGAGGCAACUUGUGAUGGAAGGGAAAGAGCCAUUAACCCAUGAGGAGAAGAGCCUGCUUUCUGAGGCCUAUAAGCUCCUAAUACAGGAAUGUUGUGCUUCAUGGCGACGGCUAAAGCACUCAGUGGAGCAGGGGGUUGGAAAGCAGAAGGAACAAGCUCAAGCUUAUCGUGAGACCAUAAAAAAAGAGCUGGAAGCACAAUGCUGGGAGAUUCUUAGCCUACUAGAUUAUGUACUACUGAAGCACUGUAGCGAGGCAGAUUAUGGAAGCCGAGCCUUUUACCUGAAGAUGAAAGGAGAUAGUUACCGCUACUUAGCUGAGGUGGCCCUGCCUGGUGCCAAAGAGACACUAGUGAAAUCUGCAGAAAAAGCCUAUGGGGAGGCUCAGGAAAUUAGUCAGAGGUACAUGGAACCUACUCAUCCCUUGGCCUUGGCUGUGGCUCUGAAUUACUCAAUCCUUUAUUAUGAGGUUCUCAACAAUCCUCAGCAGGCAACAAAGCUAGCCAAGGCUGCCUUUGAUAAGGCCAUUGCUGGUCUGGAGACCCUCAGCCUAGAGUUCUACAAGGAAUCCACACUCAUCAUGCAAUGCCUGAGGGACAACAUCGUGCAUUGGACUGGUGACCAACAGCAGCAGGUGGAGAGCAACAGGGUAGAGCUUGAAGGCUAA